AAAAAAUUUAUUUGCUUUUAGAAAAAUUAAGUAACUUUGCUUUGAAUAUACUGCGUCAAAAUGAUCUAUCGUCAAGGAUGUAUUGUUGGAAUUUUUCUUGCUGUAGUGAUUAUUUUGAGAAGUUGUGGAAAUGUGGACUCAGCAGUGAAUCGACGAUCCAGCGGAACUCUUCGAAAGUGUGGCAAUAAUGGAAAAGAUUUUAUGAGAUGGUUUUGCAAAGACGCGUCGUUCGAUUUUCCCUUUCCAUUCAACCGCAUUCAUAUUAUCUUCAGAUACCGAGCGCCGUUCAAAGAUUUAUAUCCGUUCCAACAUCAAGCUGCAGUUUGUUGUAGAACCGGAUGUAAUGAGAGUGGAUACAAAAGAAUGUGCUAUUUUCACAAGAAAAUAAGAAGAUGCGAAAUGGCAAUGAAUAUGUUUUCUGGAAGAAAAACAAGCCGACGAGUUCACGCAAGAUGUCGAUCUGCCCAGGCCAUUCUUUCCUAAAUACUGACAAACACUUAUUGGGUAUAACCAUUGGUAUAUACAUAUACACAUAUACACACAUACACACACAUUUUGUGAGUUUUAGAGGUUAGCCAAAUGGCCUGGCUUGGUUUGAACUGUCCAUUAUGCUUUUGGAAAAUACAAAACUUAUGAUCGUUAUCACAAACAAUCUCGAGGCAAAGAAUAAUUCUGUUUGAGACAUUUUAACUAGAAAUGAACACAAUUUUGUUGAUAUGUUUCUAGUUAUGAUCGUUGUAAAAUUUCAGUAGAAGUUCAAUAUAAAAAUUUUAUUUGAAAUAAAAGUUACCGUAAAUGACACCAAUCCAUAACAACCAAGUAUUGAACAAAUAAAACCGACUCCAAGAUUUAAGCUGCAAGCAUUUUUUUUGUAAAUCAAUUAAUUAACAUGGUUGUUUAAUUUUGCACUGUGAAUAUUGUACACGGCCUAUUGUGACUUUCAAUUUUUUUUUCCACAUUUUUUCUUUUGCUGUA